UUACGUAGCUAGCUGGUUGAUGUUGGAAACAUGGCGUCCCAGUGCAGCCUCUCUACUUUAUUUCCUGUCCAAAGUCAGCUGGAUUGCGCACUAGAUGAAGCUGCGACACAGCAAGAGAAAGAAAAUCUCGUCUACCAGUAUUUGAAACAACUAGACGAGAGAGAGGAUCUGAAGAUACCCGAUUUCCAGACAGGCUUGGAAUGGCUCAACACGGAGGGGCCUCUGUCUUUGAACAAGGAGUUGGCUGGUAAAGUGGUGCUGCUGGAUUUCUUUACUUACUGCUGCAUCAACUGCAUGCACAUCCUGCCUGACCUGCACCAGCUGGAGAAGAAGCACUCUGUCAAGGAUGGAUUGGUUAUUGUUGGUGUGCACUCAGCUAAAUUCCCCAAUGAAAAGGCCUUGGACAACGUUCGCAGCGCCGUGCUCCGCUAUGACAUCUGCCACCCAGUGGUGAACGACAGCGAGGCGCACCUCUGGCACGAGCUCGAGGUGUCCUGCUGGCCCACGCUGGUCUUACUUGGCCCACAUGGCAACCUGCUCUUCUCCCUGGUGGGUGAAGGCCACCGCGACAAGCUAACGCUUUUUACUGAUGCCGCUCUCCGUUACUACGGGGAGCAGGGCCUGCUGAAGACGCACGCCGUGGGGAUCAAGCUGUACCGAGACUCCCUGCCACCCAGCGUCCUGUCUUUUCCUGGGAAAGUGGCCGUAGACAACAGCAAGAAAAGGCUGGCCGUAGCAGACACCGGGCAUCAUCGAAUUCUGGUGGUGUCCUCGACUGGACAGCUGUUGCAUGUCAUAGGAGGGCCUGAAAGUGGGAGACGAGAUGGCGACUUGUCUGAAGCCUCCUUUAACUCCCCUCAAGGUGUGGCGAUGAAAGGAGACACUGUGUACGUGGCCGACACAGAAAACCACCUGAUCCGAAAGAUUGACCUGUUAGAGGGAAGGGUCAGCACUCUAGCUGGAGUGGGCACUCAAGGCACAGACAAAGAUGGCGGGGCCACGGGACCUCAGCAGCCUAUCAGCUCUCCUUGGGAUGUGACUCUUGGCACUGCCGGCGGCGUUGAAGACAACGUGCUGUGGAUAGCCAUGGCAGGGACCCACCAGAUCUGGGCUUUGUUCCUGGCAGAUGGGAAACUGCCCAAAGGAAGUGAGUCCAAGGCAGGCACAUGUGUACGAUGGGCGGGCAGCGGCAGCGAGGAGAACCGAAACAACUCCUACCCACACAAGGCCGGCUUUGCUCAGCCCUCGGGCCUGGCGCUGGCCCCGCAGGAGCCCUGGAGCUGCCUGUACGUGGCCGAUAGCGAAAGCAGCACCAUCCGCACGCUGGCACUGAAGGACGGAGCCGUCAAGUUGCUGGUCGGUGGAGAGAGAGACCCAAUGAAUCUGUUUGCUUUCGGGGAUGCAGAUGGAAAAGGGGUUGAUGUCAAGCUGCAGCACCCUCUCGGUGUUGCCUGGGCUCCUGAACAAAGCCUGCUCUAUGUGGCCGACUCCUACAACCACAAGAUCAAGGUAGUGGAUCCAAAGACAAAGCAGUGUAGCACAUUAGCAGGGACAGGGGAGGCUGGAGAUACUCUGGGCCCUGAGUUCAACAAAUCCUGCUUCAAUGAACCCGGAGGAAUCUGCGUUGGCGACAGCGGCAAGCUUCUCUACGUGGCCGAUACCAACAACCACCAAGUCAAAAUGCUGGACCUGGCCUCCAAGACUGUCUCUGUGUUCCCCAUCUCCAUGGACUGCACAGACACGGUACCCUCAAAGCCUUCGCGUCCUGCCAAGGCCCCCACGCUGCCGAAAUCAGCUGCCAGGAAAGAGAUGCCACCAGUGGCAGUGUCCGCAGGCCAGACUCUCAACAUUUCGCUCGCUCUGUCGCUUCCAGAAGGAACCAAACUGACUGAAGAGGCCCCCAGCUGCUGGGCUCUCUCAGCUGAGGGUUACGAGUGGCUGCUUAACAGUGCGGUGGUUACUGGUGACAUCGUGGAUCUAUCGAAGCCCCUCUCCAUCUCAACCAAACUGCCCGCUGUUAUAAAGGACUCAAACAGCAAUCCAAGCCUGACUUUGGGUGUAUGGGUGUAUUACUGUAUGGAAACAGGUAACACGUGCAUGAUGAAAGCAGCCUCCUUCACCCAGCCUCUUCAAAUAAGUGCCAAACCUGGAGAGGAGGAGGUCACUGUGGCGUGGGCUCACGCCUUCUAAAACCUCUUACCUGUCUUAGCCACAGUAACCACAGAAUCAACACUUUCUGUGUUGUUGUGUUGUUGUCAGUUUUACUUCUCAGCUCAGCUGACUCCAGCUCCUGGUUUGUUCUUAGCUCUGGAAGAGGGAAAACACAAAUUGUCUCUGCCACUUUUGACAAAAAUACAAGUCAUACAAACCUGAUUUUCAGGGGAAUUACAUUUCAGACCACUCAGAAGCCCCCCACUACAUCCGUGCUUUAAUGUCCUUGACUGAUUGUGACAGUUAUUGAUAGAAAUUCAAAUAGCUGUAUCCCCAGGCAUCUGAGAAAGGCUGCAAAUCAAAGCUACAACCUAAAAAUCUAUAUGAUAGCAUAUGUAUGCAACUGAUUCCAACAGGCUGUACUCACUAACUGCAAGAAAACACAAUUUUUAUAGAUAAAAGUUAUUAUUUAUUAUUUAUAAAACACUCACAGGAUGACAGGAAUGCAAAAAAAGGUAUUCUGUGGAUUUAUUAUAACGUAAUUGGCAGGUGGUGAUGAUGGUGUCAGUGAUGAGUAGACAAAUAAACAGAUUUAAUGAUGUUCUGCAGGAUUUGAAAUGCUUCUAAAUAUUGAGAACAAAGUAAAAGCUGAAAUCUCUGCUCAGCUUCAUAUCUUUACCUGAGCCACCAGAUGGAUGUGAAUUUCAAAGCACAAGAUGUUUUUCCCCACUACUUCCAAGAAGUUCUGCUUUUGAAAAAUUAGCAGAAGCCUUCUGUUUGAAACCAGUUCUCAUGAAAAUUAAUGGAACUUUUUCUUUGAGUCCCGUAGGAAAUUACGGUAACACUUUAUAUUAUCAGCGCCCCCUAGUGUUUCCAAGUGGUUUUACUGUUCCCGCUGCUGUCGCAAACGCAAGCGGAUCCAUUUUCCUCAAAGCCCAGCAACUGCCAAACACAAAAGACAUACCACAUUUGUUUCAACAACGCCAAAAAGAUGCUCAUGUUCACUAAAGAGGUGAAGUCAAAUUGUCCUAAUUCUACAUUGAGUAAUAACAGUUUGAGUAUUGUUUCGUACAAACAAUUAACUAAAGCGGGGGGCGGCAUCUCGGUGGAGGAGAAGGCAGAAGAAAACGGAAGGAGAAUGAAAUGUGAAUGAGUUAAUUGAUUUGAUCUAUAAUGGAGACGUGAAAGGAGAUGGAAACAGUUCCAGCCAGACUGCAUCACCAGUCAGCCUCAUUUUCCCAGGAGACCCUUUGGCAGACAAAAGUGAGGCUUAUAGGAAAGCAAUCGAAAUGCUGAAGGCGUCAUUCUUCUAUAGCCACGUCUUUGUGUAAUCAGCAUUUACUUCAUAAUGGUAUGUUAAAGCCAAAAAACUUGUCUAUUGCCAGUUUAAGGUACACACAUUCCCAAUUAACUAGUUGCUUAUUAGCAUGAAUAUUAGAAGCAUAUUGGCUCUUUAUUAGUCAUCAUAAAGCACUUAUUAAUGCUUUAUUCUGCAUGACCACUUUCUACAAAUACUAGGCCAAUAACUUUCCUUCAAUAACCUCCUAAUUACUGCUUAUUGACAAUAAGUAAGGAAGCUGUUUAAAAUGAAUUACAAUCUUAAUAACUCAAACCACCAGAAAAAGGCACUUUCUAAUUACUCAUGACGAACCAAUGUGCUACUUAUAUGUAUGCAAAUAAGCAGCUAGUUAAUGGUAAAUAUGUGCACCUUAAUAUAAAGUGUUGCUGGAGUUGGAAUUUCCACAAAAAAAAAAAAAAAAGAUGUUUGAUGGAGCUGAUAUGCCAUUCACACUCGGAAAAAUACGUUUUAUUCUGCCUUUGCUCGCACAAGCACUGCUUUUAAAUGCUAAUGCUGAGUCACGGGCAGCUUCUUAAAAAUGUGAUAUUGAAAUCCCAAGAGGCUUUCAUGGGGACUAUUAGGAUGGGAAAAGGAUGGGAUGAAGCGCUCAAACCUUUGCUUUAAUCUGGAAAGGCUGAGGAGGAGUUAUCUAUGCAGGGACUUUUUUACUAUCAGUAAUAUAUUAGAUAUGUCUUACUCUAGAGCGCUACUUCACAUCCGUGUGUGUGUGGUUGCUUUAGUUUAUAGUCAGUCAGCUUGAAUGUAAGGCUCACAGUCUCUGAAAGGUUACACUCAUAGACAUUUCGUGUCCACUCUCUGUACGACUGAUUAUGCUUCUGAUUAUCAUUAUUCAUAACGCAAGGAGCCCCUUUGAUUUAGUCCAUGAAAUGUUGCUCUUAUCUAAGUUAUGAAUAAAGUGCCUGUUUCUGAUAAGGGGAGCAACCUCCGGUGAACUGAUGGCACAGACUGCAGCUUGUGCACCAGGAGGGAUCUUGUAUAAAGAGUCUUAUUAAAAUCCCACCAUCAAACAUUUAUACACUCCAACAGAUGCUCUAACAAUGCUUCACUGUAAUAUGUGUAAUAUAAUAUGAUAAUGCGGACAUUGUUAUUGUUAUGAUCGCUUUUUUGUUUUCAAAGUGACGAGCUAUUGUCAGAAAUUGGUCUUGAGAGCGUUUUGCUAAUCAUCGCUGUCAUCGUGCCUCACGACAUAAUUGUCCUCUUCAGACUGUUUUUGUUUGGUUUGGAUCACUCGGCCCAAGUGCCUGUCAGAGAGGUGUGGAUGGCGUGAAACCGAUGACACUUAAACUGUAUCAAAAGCAAUAACAAUGUGUUCCUGCACGGGGAGAAAUGUUUUAUAGGUAUUUAUUUCAAACGUUUUGCCAGCGAGUUUUCUCAGCUCUGUUAUCCCUCUGGCAUUUUGUAAUGAACAGUAAUGAGCUUGAGUUGCUGCUGGUGGGCAUUAAGUUCCUCACUUUGUUUUCCAGCUCUCACUUGAUUUUUUUUUUUUUUCUCACUGUACCGCCUUUUCAGGCACAUUUUGGCAUGAUUUGCUCUUCAGGGGGACCUUGUUAAUGCAUCUGCUUCUCAGUGCUGCACUUUAAGGUGCAACGGAGCAAGAGGAAACUAAUAAAACAAUUUCAUGUAGUCUGGUUUGUGUGUGUGCGCGCUGAGUCAGAGGCUUUGGUUUCCUUCAACGAGCAUUGCUGCGAUUCCUUACACAUUCCCCUCAUAUUCCCUUUACAUAUUUCCAGCCUUUGAGAAUCAAGGUAAGUGCAGUUACCACACUGAUACACUGAAAGACAGGAGGUCUGCCAUGUGAGAUAUAAUCAAAAGCUUCAGUAAUGAGCUGGUCGUCUCAUAUAUUUGUCACAAUGCUAGGUUACAUGUGAGCUGACCUCAGACAACAGAGCAUACAGCUCAUUUGUGCCAUUCCUUGCACCGUGCAUAGCCCU